ACCUGAAGUGCAGCUCUGCUCUCACACACAUUGCUCUGUUUUUUUUUUUCCCUUCCUUGAUAUUUGCUAGCUUGCUCCAUGCAGCGAUCUGCAUAUAGGAAGGGGGAAGGGAGAUCUGCUGUAGUGAGCCGAUUGUCUACAAGCAUUCCUUCAGUUGUUGAUUUAUUAAUGCUUCUUCUAUCAGAUUGCUGCUUAUAAUAUGCUCACACGGGUAAAAUCUGCCGUGGCCAAUUUCAUGGGAGGAAUAAUGUCUGGCAGCUCCGGCUCUGAUCAUGCCAAUGGUUCUGACUUGCCUAUGAGGUUCCCAUAUGUCAGACCUGAAUUCCUGGGGUUGUCACAGGAUGAGAUUGAAUGUUCAGCUGAUCACAUUGCCAGACCUAUCCUAAUCCUGAAGGAGACAAAGAGGUUACCAUGGACCACCGGCUAUGCAGAGGUGAUAAAUGCUGGUAAAAGCACACACAAUGAGGAUCAGGCGAGCUGUGAGGUCAUGUUUGUGAAGAAAAAAACAGGAGCGCAAACUCCAAAUAAAACAGCUUCAAACAAACGAAGGGCGUCUCUGCCAAAUGGAGAAGGCUUGCAGUUAAAGGACAACCAGGAAGCCGAUGGAAUUGCUUUCCAGUAUUGGGCACUAUUUGAUGGUCACGCUGGAGCUGGGGCUGCUGUUGUGGCAUCCAAACUGCUUCAACACCGCAUUACUGAGCAGCUGCAGGAUAUAGUUGAUAUUCUGAAAAACUCUGCAGUUUUGCCACCUACAUGUUUAGGGGAGGAUCCAGAAGUCACUUCAUCUAAUAGUAGGACACUAACUAGGGCAGCUUCACUGCGUGGGGCAGUUGGUGCUCCAGGUUCACCCAGCACACCACAAUCUCGGUUCUUCACAGAGAAAAAGAUCCCUCAUGAGUGUCUUGUUAUUGGAGCCAUUGAAAAUGCCUUUAAGGAAAUGGAUCUUCAGAUUGAACAAGAAAGAAGUUCUUAUAAUAUAUCCGGUGGCUGCACAGCACUUGUUGUGGUAUAUUUGUUGGGGAAGCUCUAUGUAGCUAAUGCUGGUGAUAGUAGGGCUAUAAUUGUUCGAAAUGGAGAAAUUAUUCCAAUGUCUUAUGAAUUUACACCAGAGACAGAACGUCAGCGUCUCCAAUACUUAGCUUUUCUGCAGCCACACCUGCUUGGCAAUGAAUUUACGCAUCUAGAAUUUCCAAGGCGAGUACAGCGUAAAGAACUGGGAAAGAUGAUGCUAUUCAGAGACUUCAAUAUGACAGGCUGGGCCUACAAGACCAUUGAAGAAGAUGAUUUAAAAUUUCCCCUUAUAUAUGGAGAAGGUAAAAAGGCACGUGUGAUGGCUACAAUUGGUGUAACCCGAGGACUUGGGGACCAUGACCUGAAAGUGCACGAUUCAAAUAUUUAUAUUAAACCAUUUCUCUCUUCUAUCCCAGAGGUGAAAGUGUACGAUUUACUGCAAUAUGAACAUGGUGCAGAUGAUGUUCUUAUUCUGGCCACUGACGGUCUCUGGGAUGUUUUGCUAAAUGAAGAAGUUUCAGAAGCAGUUACAAAUUUUCUAGCAAAUUGUGACCCAGAUGACCCACACAGAUAUACGCUGGCAGCUCAGGAUCUGGUGAUGCGUGCAAGAGGCGUGCUGAAAGAUAGAGGCUGGAGAAUAUCAAAUGACAGGCUAGGCUCUGGGGAUGACAUCUCUGUUUAUGUCAUACCGUUAAUACAUGGUAACAAACUACCAUGAGUUGACCUGGCAUGUAGCUCAAAUUGACAAGGGAACAGGCAGUUCUGAAUGGUUUAUGUACUGUUAAAAUAUUGUGAAGAAAUUUCACUACUGCAAUAGGGCAUUGCUCAUUCUCUGCUGUUUGGUUAUGGGGACCUCAAAACAGAACAUAUUUAAUGCUGCUACUGUUCUGUGCGUUGUACACUAAACUGACUCAGCCCAGGUAUUGGUUUUCAUUUUGUUUAAAUUAUUUUCAUUAAGGUACCUGCUUCUAAAAAGAAAAGUGUGAAGAUACAUUCUUAAAAAAAAAUACCUUCCAAUUUAUUUAUUCCAUAAAUAUUACAGACUUUCUCUCCUAAAUAUAUAUAUAUAUAUAUUCUAUUUUUAUACCCAAUGAAAUAGGUGUUUUUAGUAUUUAUCACCUAGUAUUGUGCUAAACAGAAUUUUUUUUAUAUUAUUGUUAUUACUUUUGUUUAUUCAUCUUCCAAGACCUCACAUGUUAAUUUUCCUCCAAUCAUCUCAUUUUUUACAAACAAAACAAACUUAAUUUUUCUAAACUAAAAAAGAAAGAUCAGUUACAACAGAUAAAGAAUAUAACAAAACUCCCUAAAAAAUAUUCUAAUACUGCAGCCAAUUAUAGCUACAGCAGUGACCAUCUGAAUAAUGAGAAUUAUUUUGGGCUCAAACUUCUUUUUUGGCAUUAACCAUUACAUUUGUACUCUGUGUUCUACAUAAUUAUUAUUGAAAAAUGUUAUAUUAUUUAAAUUAUUUGUUUGAGGAAGUGGGUUAUGGAUUUAUCUGUCCGUACUUUAGUUGUUGAAAAAUGUGUGCAUGUGUUUUAGUUCGUUUAUGCUUUAAAUUGAUUAUAUAUUAAAUGCAAUUAGAGAUCAGAAAUGUCCUAAUACAUAGUUCUUCGAUCCUUAAGAGUUUACUUGUGUGUAUCUUGUUAGAAAUACAUCUGUUAUUCAUCAGUUAAUUUUAGAUCAUAAGUAAUGUUAAGUUGUAAAAUAGAAGUUGGUUUAGAGAGGUAUGAAUAUAACUCUCUGAAAUAAUUUACCCUUGAUGUAGAAAGGUGAGCUUUUAGAGAAAACAUAAGCAUAUUGUAGCUAGUUAUUAACAAGAAUAUUGUAAUGUUUGCCUAUAAAAAAUGUUUUUGUAAGUUCA